CUCGGGGGGUAUCCUCGUGGGUGGUUGCUUUGUGAACUUCCGAUUAUCAUUCAGUCCUCCAAGGGGUUGCUUCAAUUCAAGAUUGACCGGCUGAGAUUAAUCAUGGUGCAGACCGAUUGAUACGAUCCACACAAUCACCCCAGGAUCUAGAGUCAACACAGCUGGCCUGCUUUCGGCCCCGCGACUUAGUCGGGAGUUGACGACUCCCAAGGGAUUUUUUCAAUGGAGAACACCUUCCCUGUCAUGAUGAGCUCCACUGAGCGUUCCAAUCAAAGCGGCAUCGGGUCGUCUCAGAUGGUGAUCCAGCAGUAUGCACGAUAUCCUACAGCGUUGGAGUCCACGCUCCAGAGCGCAUCCUCACUGGGGAGUGCGCGAAGUCAACUUGAAACCCAUAGGUCGCCACCGCUGCAUCGUAAGGGGACACCUCGAAGCAUACAGUCUUCUCCACGGGGAAUGCGCUCAGCACUACCCCCAUCAUCAACCGCUCGGUCUGGCCCGUCCAUGUCUCCACCUCUGUUUGAUGCCAUGCGUCAUUCUCCUAUGAAAGAUACAGCAGAUCAGGCCGAGUCGCGAACUCUGCCAUCGCGGGAGGUUACUGACGACACCAUUGAUGACGCUUACGUCUUGUUUAUUCUAUACUGCAAUCCCAAUGUACCUUCUUCUGUCGAUACCUCGGAGCUUCGCAAGACAUUUCGCUGCCCUCCACGCAGUGAUGGCAAAAGCUUUAGUGUUUUCACUCUAUACGAGCUUAUUCGCAGACUGGAUAACAAAGAACUCAAGACUUGGAUCCAACUAGCGAUCGAAUUAGGCGUCGAACCGCCUUCGAUGGAAAAGAAACAGAGUACGCAGAAAGUCCAGCAGUAUGCUGUACGCCUAAAGCGUUGGAUGCGUGCCAUGCACGUCGACGCUUUCUUCGAGUUCUGUCUGGGCCACCCCCAUCCAUACUACACCCAGCUUCCUCCCUCUGGACCGUUCGUUAGCGAGUCCCGCGAUGGCGUGCCUCUAGAAGAGGACCUUGCUCUCCGGGCUUUGGUUCCACAGUGGAAGCCCAAACGUGGCCGGAAGCGAGCGGAUGAAAGAGAGCUCGAGGAAGACAAAGCAGCCAAGAGGCCACAGUUGGAUACAUCGGUAGCCGGCUUGCACCCACGGGUCUUUCCGACACAUAACAUUCCUUUUCCUCAAAGUGCCAUCCCAUUCAGUGCCUAUCCCACCGAAGAUGAUCCCUGGAUGACAGCAUCGUCAUCAUUUCCGCCACCUAGUACUUCAGACCAACAGGGCAACGAUUUACACUGGAGACUCACGGAGCGUGAGACCUCGCCUGCGGGUUACCCCCAAUCUGCGAUUAUCCCCAGAGAAACACAACCCUCGGAAGCACUCAUGUCUGCUGAGCCACGCUCUGCAGUCACUCCGUCGUCCGGGGAGAAGACUCGUGCCCGACGUAGACAUGGACCGGCGGUCUCAUCUGCCUGGCCCAACAGCAAUGGCCCAAUAGCUGGAAAGGGUCGCGGACGACCACCGAACAAAACUUCGACUUCAGGCUCAUUUUCCACCUUUCAAGUCAACUCAAGCCGGGAUUCCUCCCAAGUGCCUCUGCCUCGCGUGGCCCAAUCAUCCCCACUCGUUGUUAAUGAGGAACCUUCUAAUGCUGUGUCAAACUCGACCUUCAACCCUUCAUCCACACCAGUCAACCAGGGGCGGCCGGGUAAACUUCAAUUGCAGGUCCCGCAACAUCAAGGUGCUCCGGUUCGGCUUGCCACCCCUCCAACACUUCUUGUUAACGGUGUCAACGGUGCACUUGUCCCUCAAGCCCAAGGGCCAAAUCAGUCUCAAUCAGCCAAUACUCUUGACAAUGUCCGUCAAAUCGGUGGAUUUGCAGAACACGAAGUCACGACGUCAGAGACAAGAAUUUCUUUGGAUGAUAUCAUGCGCACGCUAUCUAAUGAGCUUCUACACGCACGUAUCACAGGCAGACCUACUCCUAUAGCUCCACAAGAGGCCCGGGCUCUGGCGUCUGCUUUGGUCGUAAAUUUGACCAACAUCUACUCACAAUUGCCCUCUUCCCUUCCAUCGACAUACCUGGCCUUCCAGCUUGGCAUCGGUCGUCAUUUCGGUUUACCGGGCAACAGCCAAAAUACAGUAGCUAUAACAACCGACAAUGCUUCCACUCAUACAACUAUGGCCGGUAAAUUAGGCCCCUCGGAGUCACUGGAUGCAACAAGAUAUACAGUCUCGUUCGAGUAUAAUGCCUCCUCACGAUUUACUCUACAGGUGCUGCUUGCGAAUAGCGAUACAGGUGUUUCCACUCGGACCUUCAACCAAGCUGCCAUUGCUCCUCAUAACUCUCAUGAACUCGAUCAGGAUGAUGGUUUGCCUGAUCUUGGAAAUGACGAUGAUGAUUUCGACCACACUGUCUCGGACGCUACAUGGAAACAACGAUAUAUGAGGCUCCGAAUGCAGAUGCAGAAGAAGGAGCGGUCAUUAUCUCAAUACAAGCGAAGAAUUGUCGAAGCGGUGAUGGCGGAUAUCUAAACGGCCUUGCACGAUGAGGACUUAGGCGAUCAUUUUCUGUUUUCAUAUGUUUGUCACCAAGCGUUCCGUUUCUCCUUUGAUACGAUACCCAUCUAUAACUUGUUAUCACUUACUAUAUAAACUUUCUGCGUGGAUCUCGUCCUCUAAACUUUCUAUUAAACGCCCGUGCUCUCUACGUGUCGAUGUUGAUGGUCAAAGGGCCCGGCCUUCUAUUGCGCCUCCUAUGCC